GUCGAGCGACGGCCAAACGAGAGCAGUGCUUCAACAGCUGUCGAGGCCGGAUGGUUGGCCUCGUCAACCCCUGAUCUGACCAUAUUCUCUCUCUCUCUCUUUCCUUCUGAUUUCGAUACCCUGAUCGCAUCGCUCGAUCGCGUGUAAUCAACGCCAGUGACCGCAAGGACGCAGUUGAAUCGCUGAAGGACAUACCAGGAUAAUCGUACCAAAACCAACAUGAGACGUUCUUUUAUCUUCGUCUUUUGCCUAUUGGUCAUUCUCAGUUUUUAUGGCAUAAAUGCGAUGCAAUGUUAUCUUUGCAACAGUCACAACGACAGUCGAUGCGCCGAUGACCAUCCACCCGAUGCCCUCAAAAAAGAUUGCUCCGAUCUCAAGAACGGCGCAAAAUAUACCAUGUGCCGAAAAAUUACGCAAGUCAUUGAAUUUAGCGUUAAUGGACUUCCGCCUGAUACCCGAGUCAUAAGAGGUUGUGGAUGGGACGAGUCAAAUUAUAAAGGAAGGUGUUACCAAAGAAGCGGUUUCGGCGGUCGUCAAGAAGUCUGUUCGUGUUUGACAGACUUUUGCAAUACGGCAACACCGAACGUUUUACCACCGACGUCUCUGAUUCUAUCAUGUGCUCUUGGCAGUGUUCUUCUAGCAUACAUUCGUAAUUAAUUUCGAGAAAAUCCAUAUACUCUCGACCAGUCGACGAAGAGAAUGCGUCUGAGAUCGUUAGUACCUGCAAGCAGCUUCGACUUCGCAUUUUCAGAGGAACGAAAGUAAUCAAAACUGAACGAGACGAUACAUUUCAAAAGCAAUACUUCUUACGCACUUUCGUCAUUGAUGAAAAAAAAAAAAAAAAAGCGUAUAAAACAAUCAAAACGCGGUUCUUUCAACGCAAAAACGUCUCCGUCUAUUUAGAACUCUACGUUAGAUUUCGAAAAUAAACGCCGACAAUCUCGAAAUGUUCGACGCAACGAACGAAAAGUUCUCAAUGGGAAUAUAUGACUUCCACCUUGUUCAUGGGUUGAAAAUUACAAUAGUCUUAGACGGAAAAUGCACUUUGUUCCUGAUUAUCUGGACGUUUUCGAGUGAAAUAUACCGAGGAGAAAAAUUAAUGCGCCUAUUACCAACUAAUGCCUACAUCUAAUUACUGUUAAUAUUGUUGCAAAAAUGACUCAAAUACAUAAGGGUGCAGAAAAAAAUGUUUUUUUAGAAAAAAUAUAUGAAUAUUUCUAUUCAAAAAAUAUCGUACAUGCAUAUCUACUAACGCGUUUUAUAGUUAUAUACGUAUAUGUAUAAAUUUUUAACGAAAAUAAUUACGUUCCUUCGAGAAGCUUUCACGAGAAAGAUAUUGCGCAGAGAUUCAGGAACGGUACGAUCUUUGAUAGCUUUUUGCGAAUUGUCGAGCAGCUUGACGAGCACUCGUCGAUCAUGCAUAAUUUUUCUUUAAACUCUCCAAUUUAGGUGCUGAAGGUGUGACGAUUGUCACAUUGUGUUCACUUGACAAUUUUUCUGCGUAGAGCUUAAGAAUGACAUUACAUAUGUAAUAAUUACGCAACUUGUUGAAAGUCUAUAUGUUGUCUAUAUGUUGUGACAACCUUCGCGAGAGAAAAACAUUUGUAUGUUGUGUUUUUGUGCGAAGCGAGGAAAAUAUAUCAGGGUUGCCGUUGCGGAGAACA